UAAAUAAAUAAAAAUGAUUGUUAUUAAUGUUGUUGUUGUUGCUACCAAAGUGAACUAGCUAGCAUUAACUGAACAAGUUUCUUUUCUUCCUUUCCUUUUCUUUAAAGGUUGAUUCGUGGUGUUGGCAAGGCGGUACAAAUCCGAGCUGCGCGACUCAACACACCCUCUUCACUCUGACUGUGGGAUGCAAAUGGCAGUUAUCGAGGACCGCUAACUGCACUCGGGCCAGUAACAGGGGACUUCUGCUGUUUUUAACAUGGACUGAUUCAACGAAGGGCGCGUGGACUUGCCAGCCUUGAGCCGUGGGAAUAAGGGAGAAGAGGAUCUAGUGGAUUUAGCUUUCGGAACCCCAAAUCGUUCGUGUGAAAUAAAAUUGUUGACCUCGACAGGAACUCCAGGAUGCCUGAGGUACGGGACCUGUCGGAUGCCCUACCAGAGAUGCCCAUGGAUCCCAUCACUGGUGUUGGUGUUGUUGCCUCAAGAAACCGAGCCCCCACUGGCUAUGAUGUAGUUGCACAGACCACAGAUGGAAUGGAUGCUGAUUUGUGGAAAGAUGGCCUUUUCAAAUCUAAGGUGACACGGUACCUCUGUUUCACAAGGGUCUUCUCCAAGGAAAAUAGUCAUUUAGGAAAUGUGCUGGUAGACAUGAAACUCAUUGACAUUAAAGAUACACUGCCUGUGGGGUUUAUCCCAAUCCAGGAGACUGUGGACACACAGGAGCCCGCAUUCCGAAAGAGGAGAUUGUGUAUCAAGUUCAUCCCAAGGGACUCAACCGAAGCUGCCAUCUGCGACAUUCGCAUCCUAGGACGCUCUAAACAGGCUCCACCACAGUAUACCUUCAUAGGAGAGCUGAACAACAUGGGGAUUUGGUACAGAAUGGGGAAAGUGCCCCGGACCCAGGACUCAUCUCCAGUACAGAGCAACUCCUCCUCCACAGGCAAUACCACCAACAUUCAGACAGUCACCACCAACUCCACUCCAGCACCUGUCAUGCCCAAACACAUAUCAAUGACCCUACCUGCCAGCUUUAGAAAGAGUACCACUAGACCUGACUACGAACACCAAAACUCCAACCUAUAUGCCAUCUCAGCUAUGGAUGGAGUGCCUUUCAUGAUCUCAGAGAAGUUUGCAUGCGCUUCCAGUGACUUACAGCAGGUGGAUUUGAUGGGCAUACGAAUCAAAUCUCUUGCCGAGAUUGAAAAAGAGUACGAGUAUAGCUUCCGCACGGAGCACAGCGCUGCUGCCCGCCUGCCACCCAGUCCCACCAGGACUUCUCUGGGUUCUGAGGCCUAAAAGCACAUGGAACAGAGGAAAGCUGGGAGGAGAAAAGAAUGCUCUGCAUAAAGUAGAGACGGAGUGAUGGAUACUGCCUUUCUUACCGUGAAAAACAGAAUUCCCUCUUUACAUUAUCCCUUCAAUCUCUAACUAAGAAAGAACAAAAAACAAAUCUCCCAACGCUGACAUGUGGUUAGAGGAAAAAAAGAUGUACUUGCUGCUGAUUGAAGUGGAGGAUGAGGAAGAUUCCUUCACUACAGUGAUCUAAUCAAAACCACUAUUGAAUUAAAAGGGAUGCCAAAAGAAGGAAUUGCCUGUGGAUGCUCCUUGGACGUUCAGUGUCUUUGGAGAAGUUUGUUGUGACAAAGUGCCACUCAACUGCGAUGAUGUUAAUUGUUGAAGGGUUGAGCUUGGACACUUCCACGUUCUCGCUGCGUUACAGAAGUCGGUCGAACAAAAGCAGGUUUAAAUUGCAUGGUGUGGGAGAGUAUUUAAAUGCCUGUUGUUUUUUAUUUUUUUUUUUUUUUUUUUUUUGUCUUUAUUUUCUGUAAUUUUUUUUUUUUUGCUCCACUGUUACUGCAUGACUUCUCAGAUUAUUUGAUCUGCAUUCUGUGUUUGCCACUGAAAACAGAGCCCAGUUCACUGUACUGUAAAAGGACUUUUGAAUUAUUUUGAAAUAUUCUUUGUAGAAAAAAAAGAAAAACAAACAAAAAAGUCCCAUCCUGACUCCACCUUGCAGAAAUAAUACUGUAAAUAGGUUAUAAAUCAGGAAUGAAUUGUAGUUUUGGGAUCUUCUGUUACUGUGUUUCAUCUAUUGUCUUGUGUAGUGGUUUUUUUUUUUCUCUCCAUAUUGUGGGUUUUUAAUGUGACCUUUUUUUUUUAUUGUUUUUGAUUUCUUCUAAGGUUUUGUCUGGUUGGUGUAUUAGAACCACUGAGUUAUCACUAUAAUUUUUAGAUAAGUUAUACAUGCCUUGUAUUGUACUGUCUGGCUUGCUGGGCUACAGUACUGUGCAAAAGUCAGAUCACCCUUCAUUUAUUUAAUUUACAGUCAAAACAGACAUUAUAUACACAUUAUUUUCAGGAGAUUCUGAGGAGAUUAGAUAAAAGUUAAUCCUUUUGCACAAGGAAAGGGAAAAAUCAGUGAAAACAGGAGUCUCAAAAGCUGGAGUUAAAAACAAUUAUUAGAAAGAAAAUGGGAAUCCUAACAACACAUGGUGGACCCCCAAUGGUCAUCACCAUCGGACAAACAAAACGUAAAGCUUUCAUCUUUAAGAGGGAGGAAAAGAUGAACCUCUGCUUUUGCCUUAGAUUUGAAGAAAUCUGCAGGUGUUUCUGUCCAUCCUUCCAAUGUGAGAAGACAACUAAACGCUGUGAGUCUGGAAGGAUGUUACCAACUUCUAAGACGGAAUCCCUGCAGAUUGCGGGUCUCCCAAAGUUAUUAAAGGCAAAAAGUGGACACAUUACAUACUGAAAAAACAAUUGUUUGCUGAAUUGUUCUUAAUGGCCAAUUUGGCUGGAAAUUGAUUAAAUAAAUGGUGGUCUUUGACUUUUGCACAGUUCUGCAUAUGCAGGCCAGACUGCUAGAAAAUGCACAAGUACUGUUACUUGUUUCUAUGUCCAGUUGUUGCUUCUGCAGUUAUGAUGUUACUUUCUAAGCCAUGCUCACACACUUAGGGAACACACUUGAUAUAUUUUGGUCACGUGGUCCCUAAAUGUCUGCUGUUUGUUCUGGGUUUUCAAAAAGUAGUUUUCCAUUCAUCAGAAUCCAAAAAAAAAAAAAAGUAUACAUAGCUGCUAUAAUCCUGUCUGCUCCACAUGUGAGAAGGUUAGAAAUUCAAACAUGUAGUUUUCUUAAUCCUACGUUAAGUAUGUAGGGGUGUCAAUGCACAUAUACGUGUUACUUUGGUGAAAAUAGUUGUGCAUCUGUGUUGUCCUGUUGUUUCCGUCUCUCUUGAAAGUGCCCUGUUCGCUCAAACUCAGGUGAAAGUGUUGAGUUUGGAAACACCAAGUGCUGAAAAGGCUCUCUGUGCUUUUAUCUGGUGGUUAGGCUCUAACUAGCACCUUCACUGUGAGACAUUUUCAAAUAAGAAAUGAUGUAGGGAAGCGAGUUCUGGUUUUAGUUAUUGCAAUUUAAUUACAAUGUUGUAGUUUGAGACCUAGAUCAGGCUAAAGCCAGUAAUUUAAAGGAGAAUUUUUUAAAAGCUGUCACCAUGAGAGGCGUUACAGCUUUAAAUACUGGCUUAAUUUUUCGCGAGGAAUAUGAGUGUGUCUUCCGCUAUUUUGAAAUAUUAACAUCACUAACCAUUUUAUGGUCGUCACUGAAAAAUCAGUGCUGCAAAUGUUUCAGUUGGAUUGGGCAGUUACUUUAGAUUUUGCAUAAUGCUGAAAGAAAUGUUAACCAUUUUUUCCAAAUUUUACAACCAAAUAAUAAGGUGCAAGCGUGGAAAAAUCAUCUGUAAAUACCUUAAAAUCUGUUUCACACACAAAUUUCAAAACCUCUAAUUUUAUUAAAUUUUGUUGCCUAGCUUUUGUGGAUGAGUAGUGUAUCGUUUCUUUGACCCUAGUAACCCUGACAGUAUUAGCCAUCUGCUCAAAAGUUCAUUGAAAAUGAGUUCCACUGUCUAAAAUAUUAAGGGAUACGUGUACACGUAUUUAUUUAUUUUUUUCUCCCAAUUUCAUUUAAUGGUCUUUAUAAGAUCAAACAUUAAAUGAGUGUUAUUAAUCAGAAUGUGUUGGAAUAGUUCAUCUAGCUCUUCUAAAUAAGCUUGUCAAAUCCUACCAAUCCUCUUUUUCCAGUAUUCAUUUUUAAUUGUAUUUUUUUUUUUUUUUUUUGUUUUGUUUUUUUUUUCUGAAAUGUUUCUAAAUUCAAAACAACAAUCCACAAUUAGGGCUGGGUAUCAUUCAGAUUUUUUUUUUUUUUUUUUUUUACAAUACAAAACUAAUUGUUUAUUGAUACCUUAUUUUAAAAGUGGGUGAGGCUGAGAUGUAGGCACUCAAGUUGGUUGUCCGUCAACAUGCUCAGACUUCAGAUAGACUUCUGAAAUUUCAAGCUGACGAUAAGUCAGGACUGAAUAUUUCACUAUUACAUUUACUUUCCUAAACCUGCAUCUUGCCUCUUGUCGUGCCAUGUUCUUAAACCAGUGUCUGGUUUAAUACGGCUUCAGAUAACGAGCCCUUAGUCGAUGCUUGGUGAGGCUUAGUUUUUCUUCAACUAGUAUUCAACUAAAUAUCUAUUAAACUUAAAAUGGAAUGUGUCUGAUUUGACUAAAUCUAACUUUAAACCUAAUCCUAAUCUUCAACACAACCUACGCCUACUCCAAAGCCUAACCUUUACCAUGAUAGUGUUGAAGAGCAUUUGUUACUAAUUGAAUCUGUAUAUCCUCUAUAGGGGACCAUCAAAGUAAAGUGACUGAAAAGCUUUCAGUCUGAUGGACAGAACGAAGCACUACAAGCAGUAAAUGUGGUGUUUAAAGCAAAGAGGCAAAACGACUUGAAACUGUUGACAAGCAUGUGUUUUGGUUAGCAAGUAUGCUGGCUAGCACAAUUGCUAAUGUAGCCGAAGUUUUAUUAGGUUUGCAUAGUUUAACCAGCCGUUUUAAAUUGCUUUGCUUCUUUCCUUUUCACAUGACAUUUACUGCAUGUAGCGCUUCAGGUUUGUCGUUCACACUGAACAUUUUUCUGUAGUGAAAGGCUCGUUAUUUGAAGCAGAUUUGAACCAGACGGGUACAAAAUGGGAAGAAGUUUGCUUUUGCACACCCAAACUAAAUUAAAAUUCUCUACUAAAGACUCGAGGCUCAACUCGGACUCGCAUCAAGUCACUUGCAAGCGUUUCUGCCAUAGCUUAAGUCAGAUAUGAGUGUGAGGCUGGCUGUGGAAUUGGACAUAUGAACUGACCCCAGUGGGUAUCUAUUCAAGAGCUUCUGACAUUAAGAACAACCAAUUAACAAAUGAAUAAGCAUUCACUGGUUCUAAUGAGACUGACUGCUUCAGUAUUGAGUCUUUGAUAGGUCCAUAAAAGAAUUGAAUUGUGAUACCCAGCCCAACCCACACCACAUAAGACUGAAUCCGUUUUCAAAUUUAGGUCUGCCUUGUGAAAGUGGGUGAAUGACAUCAGCAUUAUAGGAUUUGAAAUUGAGAUUCCCAGGGUGUUAGAAAACGAUACAAAAAAGGUAUUAUGGCAACAAAGCUCUGUGUUCAACCUUACAUGCUUAUCAUUUUAUUAAGAUUUUAUUUUAUUACUUUUGUUAAUUAUUUAAUUACUAACUUAAUGUUAGGAUUGUAGCUAGUUAAUCAGUGUUUUAAUGUUUACUCGGACUAGUUUAAUCAGUGAUUCAGUUUUAACCAUAUACAACCAAGUUAGUACACUUCUGAAAUGAACAUGUUACGUUGGAACCAUUACAUUAUGCAUAUUUUUUUCCCCUGUGUUUCAAAUGACUUUGUUUUGCCUCCCUAUAAACCUGCUGUGUUCAUGUCAACUUCGGUGUGCAAUGACUCAAGCAGUUUGGAAUUGAUUGCUCUGUCAUCAGAUGUUUUUUUUUUUUUAUAACAUGUAUAAAUGUGAAUAUUAGUACUG